AUGUCAACUCUAUUGGAUUCAGUAACGCAGUCUCGCAACGCGGUCUACGAGAUGUCGUGCGACUCUCAAGUGAAGAAGCAGGUAGUGGUGGAAGGUUAUGAACUCAUUGACCCUGCAGUUCUUGAUGUCCUGCCCAGCGUAGCAGCUGUCUUGAGUGUCACAGAUGUUGCAGAAUCCGCUUGGGCCAAGGCAAAACGCAUCGAUGUACGAACUGUGGAUGGCGACGAAGAAAGCUACUUCAUGAAGGUCUCCAUUGGUUUCCAUGGCAGAGAAGCCCUUAAGGGAGAAUUUGAGGCAACAUCAGCAAUCCACACGAUCAACCCAACUUUCUGCCCAAAGCCCAUUGCCUGGGGGACUCUGGAACUGCAGGAAGAUUCUCACUUUUAUCUGUGUCGAUUCUACGAGUUUGUCAAGGAUGAGCCCGAUGUAAUAGACCGUCAGUCGUUUGUCGAACAGCUGGCAAAGCUUCACCAAAGUGAUACAUCGCCUCAAGGAAAAUUCGGGUUUCAUUGCACCACGUACAAUGGUAACCUUCCUCAGGAUAAUAGUUGGUGUGAUAGCUGGGAGGAAUUCUUCUCAAAAGGCCUUCGCCAUGUGUUGAAGGUUAGGGAAGAGAGAGCGGGACCAUGUGUGGAGUUGAAUGAGUUGCUGCCCGACCUGUUUGACAAAGUGAUUCCACGGCUGCUACGCCCGCUGGAGACAAAUGGGCGAAAACUCAAGCCCUCUUUGGUACACGGAGAUCUUUGGUGUGGAAACGUAGGUGUUAUCGAUGGUGAUACAGGCCAGGCUAUUGUUUUUGAUCCUUCGAGCUUUUGGGCCCACAAUGAGUAUGAGUUGGGAAACUGGAGGCCGAAACGCAACGGCUUCGACGAAGAAUUUUUCAACGCCUAUCACGACUUUAUCCCCCGCUCAGAGCCGGUUGCUGACUACGAUGAUCGAAAUGCUUUGUAUGCACUUCGUUUCAAUUUGCAUGCUGCUGCACUCUUCCCAAAUGACCCUUCUUACCUGGAAAUGGCCAUCAACGAGAUCCGUCGCUUGAAUGAAAAGUUCAAGAAAGGGUCCAGGAAAGUUCACGUUACCAGCGAUCGAGACUCGCUCCGAGAAGCCCAAUCCCCCAUGUAUAACAACCAACCGAGAACCAGCAGCAAAGGCUAUCAUAUCCCGGCUACUAUUCCCGCCGAGACCUCCAUGACCCCUCUCAGGAACUACCGCUGCGCACAGUAA